UGCCUCUGUCCGUGGAGCAAGGGACUCCGGUGACGAAGCCGCUGUUCCAGGGCGACUGGCCUCUGGGGCCCAGAGAGGCCAUGGAGUCGUGCCCGAGGAAGGAGGUGGAGGACUUCCACGAGAAGCUGGUCGAGGAGAAUUUCUUCCUGAUUACCGAGUCAGGUGAGCAGGGGCGUGUACCUGUACUUCUGCUGAAACUCAACGACAGUACUGCUCCCGAAAGGAAGCCGGUUGUUGUGAUACUGCACAGCUCUUACAAAUGCAAGGAAUGGGUGCGUCCACUGCUAGAGGCAUAUGCCUCCAGGGGUUAUAUUGCUGUUUCCAUCGAUUCUCGCUAUCAUGGUGAAAGCGCCAGCCACAAGAAUACUUACACCGAUGCACUGAAAGCAGCUUGGAGGAAUGGGGACACGAUGCCUUUUAUUUUUGACACGGCAUGGGACUUGAUAAAGCUUGCAGAUCAUCUUAGUGCAAGGAAGGAUGUCGAUCCCUCAAGGAUUGGGAUUACUGGUGAAUCACUCGGAGGAAUGCAUUCAUGGUUUGGUGCUUUCGUGGAUACACGGUACAGUGUUGUUGUUCCGAUAGUUGGUUUUCAGGGAUUUCGGUGGGCAAUAGACAAUAACAUGUGGGAAGCCAGAGUUAACAGCAUCAGGCCUGUAUUUGAAGAGGCAGCAACUGAUUUAGGGAAGAGUGAAAUAGAUUCGGAGGUUGUGGAGAAGGUUUGGGACAGGAUAGCACCUGGGCUUGCUUCACGGUUUGAUGCACCUUACUCGGUUCCCCUGAUUGCACCACGUCCGCUCCUCCUCCUAAAUGGCGCUGAAGACCCUUGUUGCCCUAUCGCUGGUCUACAAGAGCCUGCUUCCAGAGUUGCUGAAGCUUAUGAAAAAGCUGGUUCUGCGGAGAAGUUCAAGUUCAUCGUGGAGCCGGGAGUUGAACAUAUGUUAACGGCGAACAUGGUGAAGGAAGCGAGCGAAUGGUUCGACCGAUUCCUGCAGUAGCUCGGGGUUCGGGAUGCUUCAUGGAGUGCACGGCCUCAAUAAAUUGUCCUCACUUUCGGAUCACUGUCGUUGUUGAAUAAAUCCCUUCGCCGUGAUGGUGCGUGCGCGGCGAGUUCGCCUAGACCACGGUGACCGCGCUCGGCACUCGUUGGAUCGUGGGAUGGCGCGGUCCGCAAGGAGGCCGGGUACUGCGCGAUCUCGUGGCCAUUUUUCCGUCGUUGCUACUAAUAACAAGAGGAGUGCAGUGAAAAGCCGUGAGGUUUUACGCAGCACAAAUUCUGUGUGCUCCACAGACUUGAUUUGUUCCAUCAUUAUCUAGCUAAUCGCUACGCUAUAUUUCUCCAUUUGAAACGACACAGCAUAUGUGAGCAGUUUUUUUAUCA